GACCAAUGGCGCAUCGAAAUGGCUGGAGCUCCCUGAGCUUCGUGAGUGGCGUUCACGGUUCAAUUUUCGGCUGAAGAUUAAUGCUACAGUGAACCCAAGUAAACAACACAAGAUGAGUAGUGAUAGGUUUCUAAUUACUAUGAGUCGAGCACAAACUGGGGAGAAAUAGACGGGGAAGAGGGAUAAGUUGGUAGCGGAAAGAGCAUCCUCAUCAAACACGAUGUUUGGCUGUCGACUACUAGCCAGGCCACCGCCGCGGCGUGGCCUUUUAUCUGCAGCCAAAAUCGGUAAUUCAUGGAUGCCGAGUCGAGGAUUUCGAUGCGUCCCAUCCCCUCGAGGACACGCCCUUGAGACUUACAAUGUCCGGCCUCAACGUUCCCUCAUCGCCUAUCAUACAACAACCAAACUCCUAGCUACGACAACCGAUAUCCACACGAAACCAGCUGUCGAGCCAUACUCUCCUCCCAAAACUGGGCUCCUUGCCACACUCCCUUCCUCAUGGGUCCCCUAUGCGGAACUCAUCCGCCUCGACAAGCCAACCGGCUCCUACUACCUCUUUUUCCCUUGCCUCUUCUCAACACUCCUCGCAGCGCCUCUAGCUGCCCCGGUUGCACCGCCGGCGACUGUCAUAGGCACGUCUCUCCUCUUCUUCGCCGGAGCAGUCAUCAUGCGCGGAGCUGGGUGCACCAUUAACGACCUUUGGGACCGCAAUCUAGACCCGCACGUGGCCCGCACGCGUCUCCGGCCCAUUGCACGCGGUGCCGUCACUCCCUUUAACGCUCUCGUCUUUACGGGUGCACAGCUAUUCGCGGGGUUGGCCAUCUUGCUGCAGUUUCCCACCUCCUGCUUCUUCUACGCGACGCCCAGUCUCCUGUUCGUCGCCUUGUACCCCCUCGCCAAGCGCGUGACGUACUAUCCGCAGUUCGUCCUGGGGUUGACCUUCUCAUGGGGGGCUGUCAUGGGGUUCCCAGCGCUGGGGGUGGAUUUGCUCGCCAACGGGGCCGCGCAGGCGGGCGCGGCACUUCUGUACGCUUCGAAUAUUGCCUGGACGGUGCUGUAUGACAUGAUCUACGCGCAUAUGGAUAUCAAGGAUGAUGCCAAGGCGGGCAUCAAGAGCAUCGCGCUCAAGCAUGACAAGGAAACCAAGCAGGUCCUCACUGGGCUGGCUCUGACUCAGGUGGCACUCCUUGCUGGGGCGGGCAUUGCUACGGGCGCUGGACCUGCCUUCUUCAUUGGCAGCUGCGGUGGCGCCCUGGUCACUCUGGGCAUCAUGAUCAGGAGGGUCAAUCUUAAAAGCGUCAAGAAUUGUUGGUGGUGGUUCGUUAACGGUUGCUGGAUCACAGGGGGAGCCAUCAGCCUUGGGUUGGGUGUUGAUUAUCUUGUAAGAUACACUCAGGAAGAUGGGGAGAGCUCGGCAUGAUUUAUUGGGCGCUUGUGAUAUAUCGCAUGUAAUAUAAACUCUUUAGCGUAGCACCGGCCCAAAGGCUCAGAGCUCAGCGAGCAAACACCACUACAUGACG